GGUCGGUCUUCAACCGGCAUCUAAAAUUAUAUCCAAUUCCUUUACAUCAGUCGCACCGGACUGACCACUGUCAGAACCAUCUCUUAUCGUAAUAGCUGACAUGACCACACGAAAGAUCCUCGUUACAGGUGCUACUGGCAAGCAGGGCGGCGCUGUUGUCAAGGCGCUGCUUGCGAACCCUCCUCCUUUCGACUACGAAAUCCUCGCCGUGACUCGCAAGACCUCCUCGAACGCGGCCAAAGCUCUGGCUUCUAAGCCUCAAGUCACCCUCAUCGAGGGGGACCUCAAUGAUUGUACAAGCAUCUUCACAAAAGCUGGAGGCGUCGGUGCGGUAUGGGGCGUCUUCUGCGUCACAUUGCCCAACCUCAAGGACAAGGUCGAGGACAAGGAGGCACAACAGGGAAAUGCCGUGGUAGAUGCAGCCAUUGCGCAUAAGGUCAAACACUUUGUCUACACCUCUGUUGAUCGUGGUGGCCCGGACAAGUCUGAAGUAGACGCUACCUAUGUUGGUCACUUCGUUUCCAAGUACAAAGUGGAGAAGCAUUUGAAAGAAAAAGUUCGAGGAACAGAGAUGACCUAUACCAUCUUGCGACCGACGGCAUUCAUGGACAAUCUCACACCAAACCUCCCAGGCCGCAUCUUCGCUGCCACUUGGCAUACAGUUGGCGACAAGCGACUCCAGUUGGUCGCUGUAAAGGAUAUUGGUGUUUUUGCAGCCAAGGCGUUUGGCGCCGCGGAAACCGAGGAUUACAAAAACACGGCAAUCAGUCUGGCUGGGUGCGAUCUGACACAAGCCGAAGCCAACGAGAUCUUUUGGAAGGUUCUGGGUCGACCCAUGCCUCGGUCAUACGAUUUUGUGAGCAACUUUCUCAUGUAUAUGGUGCCGGAAUUAGGCACCAUGCUUCGGUGGUUCAGGGAACAAGGAUAUGGGGCAGAUUUGGCACAAUGUCGACGACUGAACGAAAAGAUGCUGGACUUUGAGGCAUACCUCCGCGAGGAGAGUGGCUUCAAACGGUAAGGUGUAGGACAAUCAAACCCAACGGCAUUGAUCUUCAACACCGUUGGCGGGCGUGGGAAACAUCUCAUCUCAAGUCGGCGUCAGCAUGGAGUCUGGAGUAUGUUGCGCUGGGGCCGAACUCCCCAUUCAGUCUCCCGAAAGUGAACAUCUUGGGAGCCUUGGCUAUCUUCCUUCAAUCUGCUUGUGUAUCACCAACACUCACUACUCCAUAUCUACGUCAUUGCCCCCAGGGUGCUGAUUCACCCGGGACGGCGCGAAUCAGUUGGAUAUUAUGUGGAGGGCCAUAGUAUUGGCAGCUUAAGCUUUGUCCUUGGAAUAUACAAGUGUCACACCAGCCUGAUGGUCCAAACCAAUUUCUUAGGAGAUGGAUCUGUAGUAUUUCUGGAAUUAUGGCAACUU